GUUUCUAAUUGCGCCGGUACUCUUAUUUCUUCAGACUUCAUUUUGACGGCUGCACAUUGCAUAAGCGAAGAAUUGAUAUCCGUCCGCUUCGGAGAGUAUAAUAUUACUAGUGCUGAAGACUGUGUGUUAUAUGGCGGGAAACGAGAGUGUUUACCACCCCCGGUGGAUAUUCUGGUCGGUGAGACGAUCGUCCAUCCGAAUUACUCUGAGGUCAAUUAUCAAAAUGACAUAGCAUUGAUACGACUCAAAGACCCGGUCCAGUUCAACGACUUUAUACUACCCAUAUGCCUGCCGCUGUAUCCAGACGUCCAAGUGGAGAGUGAAGAAAAGUCACUGUUGGAGGUAGUCGGCUGGGGGUUAACGGAGAAUGGAAAGCUCUCUGAGGUCCCCAUAAAAUCAUUCCUCAUUCGGCUGCCGUCGACCAAGUGCAAGAAACAUAAUAUGAGUUUAUCAGACACCCAGAUAUGCGUCAGCGCCAAUGAAGACGAUAGUUGUCAGGGCGACUCUGGAGGACCACUGGCCUAUCCUGGUACGUUCAACGGAAAACAGCGCUAUGUGCAGGCCGGAAUCGUGAGCUACGGAUCUGCUUCAUGCGGCAGUUUCCCGGUGGCGGUCUAUACUUAUGUGUCUGAAUAUGUGUCUUGGAUAACCAGCAAAAUAGCGGUAUAA